UUAACUUUUCGCUCAUCGACUAUUUAUCGUUUUAAAACAAACCAAUCACAUUACUUAAAAAUAUUAAAAAUAAAGAUGGAAGUUUCUAAUAUAGAAUUAAUAGAAGAUAAUGAAAAUGAACCUAAUGAAGAACAAAUUGGAGGUGAAUUUGAUAAAGAAAGCUUUAUUGAGGCUGUUUGCAAAUUUCGGUGUCUCUGGGACACAAACGAAAAAAGCUACAAAAAUAGAAAUGUGAAAGUAAAUUCAUUGAAACAGCUUUCAGUAAUUUUUAAUCAGGAUGUAUGUGUUCUACAAAAAACCUUGAAGAAUUUGAAAGAUAAUCUAAAAAAAUGUUUAGAUCGAAGACGAGCUCUUUCAAGAUCUGGAGCUGGAGCUUUUUCCUUGCCAAAAUGUAAAUACUUUGAUCAAAUGGCUUUUCUUCAUGAAAAAAGUUCAAACAACCAACCGUGAGUAACGUAAAAUCGACUACUGAAUGUACAAAUUCUAAAAACUUGAAUGAAAGUAAUGCUAGUUUGACUACAGAACUAACAACCUUGCCAAUUAUUUCUCAACUUUCUAUCCCUGCAGAUGAUUCAAGCGAGAAAUGUAAAGAUGUACGUAUAAACAAAAAGCGAAAAUCAGUUAUAGAAAAAUCCGAUAACCUUUUUUUAAAGCAAAUGAAAGAUCUGGACAAUCGUUUAAUCGAUUCUUUAGAAGAAAAAAACAAAACAGUCUGUGAAAUGUCUGCUUUUUGUAAUAGUCUUAUUCCUGUGCUGCAAGGAUUACCAAUAAAAAAGGCAAGACUAGCUAAGUUAAAAAUAAAUCAACUUUUAUUUGAAAUAGAAUUUGGAGUUGAGUAUGAAGACAUUUAGAAUUUUAUAAGUUCUAUUUAUUUUCUCUUAAAGAU